AUGUCUCUAUUUCCCGCGUACAACACCGCACCACAAGUCACAAAAAGCGAAGCAAGUACUAGUGCACCAUCCGAACUUGCAUGGCUAUCGAAUCAAAGUUUUAUACCUUUUGGAACAACGGUUGAGAAUGACGAAACGGAUACUGAAGGGUCCGCCCCAGAGGACAAUCGAUUGGAGCGAACGGAUGUGGAACAUGAAACCACGGUUAGAGCGGACCAAACCGAAACCAAACUAUCGAAACCGCAGAAAAGCAAACACAAAAAGAAGCACAAGAAAAAACGAUCCAAGCGUAGACAUAGUUCUUCCUCCUCGUCGGAAGCUACAAAUGAAGAACAGAGUUGUUCUGCCUUAGCACUACCGGGAACUUCUUCGAACCAUAUUUCCGAAGCAGAAUACUACACCGAUGUAGACCCGUCGAAGAUUUAUUUCACGGUUGAGAAGCUGCACCGUCCAGCCUGCCCACGGUAUCGGUUGGGUACGCUGAAAGCGCUCGGAACACCUUCUACUGGUACGAACACUGGCAAAGAACGAUACAAGCGAUAUUUCAGGGUAGUGAAGGGAAAAGAACGUGACCAACACGGGACCAGUAAAGUCGGGCAGGAAGAAAUAUUCGCCCGUGAGGCAGAACUGGAACGCUCCAUUAGAACGGAAGAAUCGGUAGGCAAAUGGAUCGAACUCGUGCGCUUCCGACAGGAUCAUCCAAUCCAUUUCGAUAGUUAUCAAAAUCACAAACGCGAACUGUCCCUCAUCGAACGAGCGCGUCGACAUUACCCGUACGAUGAGAAAUUGUUGCGCUUGUACCUGGAAGCAAUUGUGCGCGUACAUCCGACGGAUGAGGUUCUGAAUCUAAUACGGCGCGCUAUUACGAAGGACGAAACUAACGUAACCCUCUGGAGAUCGCUGAUUCGCAACAAGCAGUGUGCGAUGGCCCAAUGCAUCGUACCGGAUGUGCUGAAGCUGUACGAAAAGAGCACACGCUCACUGUUUAUGGCGCGCCGUAGCGAUGAAACGAUGCUGCAACUGUUUCGGAAUUGUGCAACCUUCUGCCGACAGGCAGGCCUUUACGAACUGAUGUUCGGUAUGGUGCAGCAUGCACUUGGGAUGAAUGUCAGUGAGCGUUACGGAAAUGAUGGUACAUUUUCGUCACAAGAACAUUUUCAACAGCUGAUCGAGUACGAGGAGCUCAUACUGAAAUCGGGCCUCCCGAUGAACGAGAUAUGGUUGAGAGUGGAGUUACUUCGAAGUGCCUUCCAUUACCUUCCGUUCGAGGGAGGACGGUUGGCGAGCGAUCCACAGCGAAUGGUGCUGACGGAUGAUGUUGUAGGAUACGUGUAUCCGCUGAUAAACAAGUCGUACGCUUUCGAACUAACGCUUGUGGCGUUAAAGUUGAUGAAAUUUCCUUUCCCCCAGCAGUAUGAUGAAGAGGAAGCGUACGAAGUGGAUUAUUCCGAACAGCUACUGCCACUCUUUUUGCACGUAUUCCGCGAUCGAACACUGGAUGGUGAACUAUACGCGUUUGUAAAGCAAUUCAGUGUAGCUCCUUCAUAUAUUAGAGCAAACAUUGCCCACGAAUCGUAUCUCGAACUGGUACGAAAAUGUCUUGCUCGAGCUGUAGACCACUUCGAAGGCCCACAGAGUGCAACUUUACUAACACUUUCUUUACAAUUCGAACGAAUGUUAGUAUGUGAAGAAAAAGCAGCAUCGACACCGUCAAAAAUGCUUCUCGAGGAAGCGAAAGCAAAAGCCGUACGUGCGAGGAUAAAAAACUUGCUGAAGCACACCCACAGCACCAAUCAAAACAAUCUCCGCGUGUACGCAGAAUAUGGAUUGUUGGAAUACGAAAUGACCGGUCUUAGUGCGGCGUGUAGGAAAAUAUUCUCCACAUCCGUUCAGGUGUAUUGCUCCAGCGAACAAAGCAUACCGACCACCUGCGACAACUCGGUGGAAGAUGAUAACGAUCUUUACCAUCUCGUGCUGACGAUGGUUGAACUGUUACUGUUGGAUAACUGCAGAAAUGAAGCCAUUCGUGCUCUAACGAGUCUUGCUCUUAAAAGAGAUGAACUAACCUUCCAAAGCACGGCAGAAUCGGUGAUAGUGCCGGACACCAUGAAGCUCUCCGCCUUGCAAAAAUUUAGCGAUCGAGUAAAUCGAGCGGUUCGCCAUGAAUCACAGCCAGAUGCCGACAUAAGAACGCCAACGGACCAACAUUUCAGCCGGAAUGCAAUGAUCAAUGCGAUCAAAGCGUACGUGAUCUUCCUCGCACUCAUAAGAUCGAACCUGUCGGAAGCUUCGAAGCAGCUGGAAACGUUCCUGUACCUUUUCAACGACCUAUCAAACGCAAGACACAGGUUUCUGCGCCAGCAACUGUACGAACUCUACAUUCAGCUGUAUGAGAUAGCACGAUUAGGUAGGAAGCAAGCGCACUCACCGCUAACAGAAAACCUUCGCAGCUUUCUCGACAUCGUCGAUCGUGCUCUGAAUGAGUUUCCAUCCAAUCUGUAUACUCUGCGCACGGUGGUUUUUAACGACAAUCUUCCCUGGCUACGAUUACGUGGCGUUCUUGGGAAACAUCUCACACCAAAAGCGGUCCUACUGCUAGUCAUUGCUGCUCGGUAUCGUGAAUCGUGCACGGUAAACAAUUGGGAAGAUUUCAUCCCCACGGAAGCAUCUCCGUAUAAGCAACGUAUACUGAACCUACUCGGAAGCGUACUGAAAUCUUCCAGCACGGAUAGUGCUUCUGUGCUAUAUCGAAACGCCUUGUUAUGGCGGUUGUAUUUACGCGAGCUGUUCGAUCAACCGAACGCUCCACCCGGAUACAGUGUGCUGGAACAGUGUCGACGAACGUUGUAUGCGGCGCUCGAGGCAUGUCCGUGGAAUAAAGCCCUUUAUCUAGAUGGGGCUUCCUGUGCACCGCAGGAGCUAUCACAGCUACUAGACUUGAUGGUGGAAAAGCAGCUGAGAGUACAUGCAAUUCCGGAAGAGUUAGCUAUCUUGCGCGAAGGAUGA